UCCCUUUUCCCUCCCUUCUAUCCCGGGACUGCCGCGAGCUCGGGACCGCCAGUUUGCCGCGGCUUCUGGCGCGCGGCAGCUUCGGCUCACCUGGGCGCCCCCUCCCAGCCCCGCGCCUCAUCCCACAAAACUCCUCCGAGGUAAGGGGCUGCCCGGGCACCCGUCCCCUCCCGCCUCGGCCGGACAGCUGGUCCCCGCAUCCUCCACCAGCCGGCUGGCGCUUUGCGGGUCGCGCCGGGGACAGAGGUGUCGGUGGCGGGGACUUGGGGCCGGCGGUGGCCCGAACAAGUAAAGGGCGAUACGACGGGCCGACAGGUGGCGGGGACCGGCCCUAGAGCCCUGACUGCCGCGGACGCGGACCCUUGCGGGAGGGGGCUGGGGUCAGUCCCUCUCUCCUCCCCCAGGGGCGGCGAUCGUCCGGGCCCGCCGGGUAGACCUGCCCGUGCUGCCGGGGGAGCGGCGGCCGCCCCGCGCCCGGAGGUCGUUCCCUCUCAUCCUCCCGGUCGCGGAGAGGAGGCAGCGGUAGCGGCCGGAGCCGGGUGGGCGGCCUGAGGUGGGAGCCCAGCCGGCCCCGCUGGGAAUAUGGCGACCGGUGGCUACCGGACCGGCGGCAGCACCACAGACUUCCUGGAGGAGUGGAAGGCGAAACGCGAGAAGAUGCGCGCCAAGCAGAACCCCCCGGGCCCGGCCACCGCGGGCGGGGGCGGCGGCGGCGGCGGCGGCGACCCAGCCGGGAAGCCCCCGGCGGGGGCGCUGGGCACCUCGGCGGCCGCCGCGGCCAACGAGCUCAACAACAACCUCCCGGGCGGCGCGGCCGCACCUGCCGCCCCCGCUCCCGGGGGCGUGAACUGCGCCGUCGGCCCCGCGGCGCUGACCCGGGCGGCCCCCGGCCCGCGGCGGCCGGAGGAGGAGCUCCCAGCCGCCGCCUCGGGGGCACAGUCGCCCCGGGGCGACGAGGACCGGGACGGCGCCCCGGAGAAGGGCAAGAGCUCGGGCCCCAGUGCCAGGAAAGGCAAGGGACAGAUCGAGAAGAGGAAGCUGCGGGAGAAGCGGCGCUCCACCGGCGUGGUCAACAUCCCGGCCGCGGAGUGCUUAGAUGAGUAUGAAGAUGAUGAAGCAGGACAGAAAGAGCGGAGACGAGAAGACGCAAUCACACAGCAGAACACGGCGCAGAACGAGGCUGCUGGCUCCCUGGAUCCGGGCACUGCCUGUGUGCUGCAGGACCCAUCAAGACCAGUUGCAGGCAGAUAUAAGAGCACAACCACUGCCUCUGAAGAAGAUAUCUCAAGUAGAUACCCCCGAACAGAGAGGAGUGGGUUCGCUAGAUAUAACAGGGAUGCAAAUGUCUCAGGUACUUUGGCCUCAAGUAGUACAUUGGAAAAGAAAAUUGAAGAUCUUGAAAAGGAAGUAGUAAGAGAAAGGCAAGAAAACCUGCGACUUAUGAGACUGAUGCAGGAUAAAGAGGAAAUGAUUGGAAAACUCAAAGAAGAAAUUGACUUGUUAAAUAGAGAUCUAGAUGAUAUAGAAGAUGAGAACGAGCAAUUAAAGCAGGAAAAUAAAACUCUUUUGAAAGUUGUUGGGCAGCUGACAAGGUAGAAGAUUCAAGGCACAAUGCGGAAUGAAUAUUUUAAAACUACUGAUUGAAUGUCACGGUCAAAGCUAGGAGGUAUUCCUAUGCUGCAAUACAUUAAAAUAACUAUGUAUAUUUAUUUCUAGAAAACAGAUGGAUGUUUAUUUUCAAAAUAUGUCUUUUUCAUUAUUAGUUUCAAAAAAGUAUCAACCCUUUUUAUUUUACAAAUAAGUAACAUCUUUCAGCUAUUAAAAUAAUAGGAAUACCUUUUUGGUUUUGUGUGGUAUUCAAAUAACACAUGAUUUAAAGUCACAACCCUUCGAGUGUAUUAGCACAUUUUCUCCCUGAAGGAGAUCCAUAGUCUUUGUUUACAUGAAUUCAAAUGCUUUUGGGGAGUUGCCUGUAAAUGCCUUCUUACCGAUGUGUGCAGCCUUUUAUAUGUUGAUGAUUUACUCAUAAAGGUUUUUGUCUGCU